GCGACUCAGAAGAGGGGAGAACAGGGGGCAAAGGCACAUUCCAAGGCAGAACGGCUGCCAGUGAAGGUGGAAGGCUCCAACACUCUCUCACGAUAUCCUGCUCCGCGUCUCCUCUCCGUCUCUACGUUAUCGCGGUAAUAACGUGAAAAUUUUAUCGAGAAUUAUCGAUAUCGUGUUGAGUUCCGACAAAAUUUGAGAAUAUCUUUAUUUCUUUUCCUGCUGUGCUGGAUCACGUUUCGGAGUUCGACGCAUUCUUGUGAUUGUAUGAGCCUACCUGUGUGUGGCGUAGUGUACAAAUUGUGAAAAUUUCGUCAGUUUAGUGAAGAGAACGGAAAUUACAGUUUUUGCUGUUUGUGAUUUAUCGUGUUGGGUUCAACAUCAGCGUGACAUCGAUAUAAAUUUUGUGAAUAACAAAUGUGAGUUCUAAGCUGUUCGUUACAAUAAUUAACUGCAUUGAAGAAUUCGUUCGUCGUUAGAAUUUACUAUAGGACAGACUAGAAAACUCUGGAAAUUUUAAAUUCCAAAUUGUAUGCAAAGUUCUUAAGUCGCCAUUAAUCAAGACUGACUAAUUUCAAAUAUUUAACGGUUCUUGCCAUCACAACGCUUGUUUGUGAGUUUAUAUAUCAGUAAUCCAUAGUAAUUUAUAGAGAGAAUCAAUGUGCACUUCAUCUUUCGACAUUGCUUUAUCAAGAAGCUCCGUAUAAAUAACCGAUUGCUCAGCGAAAUUUUAUCGCCGUCAACGGAGGAACUCUCGAGGAACUCUUGCAUCUGUUGCGCCGGCUCGUUACUCCUGCUCUUUGCCAUGGGACUGCCAUGGUUCCUUACGAUAUGACGCUUCCAGAAAUAUCGAAGCCUCGUUAAGAAGCGUCGCAUCGGCUAACAAUUGGGAAGGCAGAAAAAGGAAGAGAGAGAGGAAAAAGGACUUUGGGACACGCACCUUUGGAAAAUGCACUAUCUCGCAAUAGCAGGAGGCUAUUCCCGAGGGAUAACGAGGAACGAAGACCGUUCCGUUGCACAACGGGGCCUUGCAUCGUGCGCCGAUCUUCGAGCACGCGGAAGGCAGAGCGCAGUCGUCGGGCGACAGUGAUUGAGAGGAUCCGGUCGACUCUCGGGAAAACCGAUUCGCAGAUCUUAAAAUGUCUCAACCAGAACUGAUUAGCGAUUUGGAUGUGCCUGAAAAUCCACAACAUCCCUGUCAGUGUUCCACGAUCAACAAUAUGGAUCCCAUGAGGACACCGAGAGACAGAAUGGAAAGAAAUAUAAAUAGUAGGAUCUCCAACAAUCAAGAACUCUCGCGAAAUCUGGAGAACUUACAGAACGUUUUCGAGCCAAUACGAAGGUUGGACAGUCCCCAUCAAGAUAAAUCGCAGAUCAAUCUGGACAACGCUAGGAAUGCCAAUCUUCUGGAACAUCAAACAAAUAUGUCGCCUAAUUCUAGAUCCAUGAAUAAUCAGAGUUCGUUGCUAUCCCUUCACGGACACAAUCUUUCGUGCAGUCCUCGUAAUUUAGAUCUGUCUCGCAAUCUGGCUUUCGAGGCCGCCCGAAGAGUCCAAGAAACAUCGACUCUGCAGGACAACCAGCACAAUUUAACUUCGAGUCCUAGUCCUUUGCUGGAAACAGGACCGAAUUUGCUUGACACAACCGGCAAAGAAUUAGAUAAGCAGCUGGAAGAUCACGCCAGCUUGUCGCCGCAGAAACAAAGCUCCAGCAAGGAAAAACUGAAAAACGUGCAGCAGGUGUUGAAUCCUUACCAGCAUCAUCACGAGCCCGCGGCGAUGGAGCGUAGCGUCCAUGGACACUUUCAUGGCGAUAUACACAACCACGUUCACAAGCACGCCGACAAUUUCAGAAGCAACACGAAUAUCGAUGAAAGUUUAAUGGGUUUUCAACAACACCAACGACAACACACGCAUCAUCAUCACAGCAAUGUGAAAACGAACCAUCAUCAUGGAUCCGGAACACAUCACGCGCAUACGCAAGGGAUGACCGGACAUCAUUAUGGAAGUAUGACAACUAGUCUUACUAACCACGUCCAUGGAAAUUCUGGUGCUUUAAACGGAUCAGGUUCCGGUUCUAUGAAUCAAACCAGUUCUGCCACUUCUAUCGGACACCAUCAUUCUACGGCGAUGCCCAUUGCGGCCACGAUAAACCACUUAAACUCCCCCCACAGUCAUCAUCGGCUCAAUGCCGGCUCCAGCCUGGCUCAUCACUCGAACACUGCUUUCCCCAACGAUCAUCACGGUACUUCGGGUGCUCUAAGCGGCGCUUCGUCGAAUUCGAGCAUGAUGAACCAUGGCGGAUCGCCCACGGUGCAUCGGCACGUGGUCAAUGUCAACAGUAGCUUAUCGACGACACCCUUGGGUGGUCAUCAUCACGGCAGCUCGUCGGGUAGUUUAACUGGUCACUCUAGCGUGAACCAUCAUCACGUUAGUUCCGGUAUAUCGUGCGAGUCCUCAUCGUCAAACGCUAAUACUAGAACGCACAGCAGAUUGGAUCACGAUCAUCAUCAUCACCUGCAAUCGGUGCAUCCAUUGCACGCGAGUCAUCCCGAGACCAGGCCAAGAGAUCGAGCGCCAUCAAGUUUGGAUCACCAUGGACAUCUCCAUGGUCACGUGCACAAUCAUAGCCAUCCGCACGGGCAGAGCGACACUAAAAACGCGGCUCUUAUGGGCAUCGACGCCAUUCAGGUUUCAGUUCCAACAAAGAACAAAUGUCAAUGUCACGUAAUGCAGUCCGGUGGAAACAACGGUGGAACUGAAGGCGAGAGUGACGAAGGCGUUGAAGUGGCAUCAAGAACGCACCAACCUCCUGCUCUUCCACCGCGUCCUCCACCGAGGCCAAUGAGACGUUACGAGGCGACUACUGCCAAUCAAUGUCACACCGGCGAAGGUGGUUGCUGCAAGAAGUACGUUGUCCUUUGCUACCUCUGCGGUGGAUUGAGCGCGGCGGUCGGCAGUCUUUUUUUGGCGGUGCACGCGAUCCUUUCGGCCCACACGGACAGUCUAGCGCUCUUCGAGACCGUACCGUCUUACAUUCCCGGCAUUAUGUUGAUUCUGAUGGGUUUCUUCACAAUGCUGUUAGCUAGGCGAAAGCAUAGAUACGGACUUCUGAUGAAAGUCUGCGGUUCCGUGGGAGUGGUGUGCGCCCUGGUGUGCGUGCUCGUCACCGUCACAACUACGGUAAUUCACAUGUCCCGAUUGCAGAACCUCCGCGAGUGCGUUUACACUGCGCGUGCGAGAUCGUGCACGUGUUACGGUGCACAGUCGAAGGGAGGGGAUCCCGGUGUGCUUUUCGAAGGGACGCCUCACUGCGAGGCGGUGCACGGCGCGCUGUCGGACUGCCUGAGGGCCCUUUUCGGCGUGUCGGUGGCCGGUAUCCUGGCUUGCAUAUUCUCGUGCAUGCUGGUGUAUCAACUGUUGAGCCAUGAGAAGAAGAAGAUGUACUGGGAGCAAUUGGAACUAAGAUGCAGAUCGUUGUACGGCCAGGGCGGUACCGUGGGACCGCCGGCCGGGUCCUGCGGAUGCUGCAACGAUUGCGGGGGCGCGAAUCCGUGGUGGGCACAGACACCCGGAAAUCUGUACACGCCAAAUCCUGAUAUGGCGCCGUCCAGGAGAUGGCGAUUACCUUGGUCGAGGUCGAGAGGUCCAGCGCCGAGUCCGGAUUCAAAUUAUGGCUUUCACACGCAAACACGACCAACGGAAACCAACGUGGAGACCGGAACCGGCCCUUAUAGUGUCUUUAACUCUCAGUCGAGUGGUCCUUACUCCGUUUUAAACGCUCCGAAUGCUCCAUAUACUCCGAGCACCGCAUCAUAUAGCGUUUUGGAAACUCCAGUGCCAUUGUGGGGACCGCCACCUCCGUAUAGCGAUCCUAACAGUCCCGCUAGACGACCGCAAAUGACUGAGUCGAGAGCCAGAAUUGCUAAGAGAAUGGAUAACUUUGAAAAUAACGAAGAUCAUAGAUCGAGGUCCGUAAAGCGUCCUUCUGAUAAUUACGAAAACGCCGAGGAGAUUUCUAAUAGUACGGACCCCGAGGGCGGGAACGAGGGAACCAUCAAAAGUCGGAGAAUUAGAAAACCCUUGAAGGGCGUGGAAAAUGGGGCAUUUCAACAAGAAGCGAAUCCCGGCCCAAAGCAAUCCGAGAGCGAACUAUAUUUUGGUGACGUCUCCUCGUGUUGCGGACCCGAGAGCAGUUUUUACGAUCUGGCUGUGGAGAAAGAAGGUGCAGAACAUACGGAAGGUGUAGAUUAUCUGGCGAGCAGGAUGGGCAAGCGUCAGCUUUCGAAGAGGUCUCGAUUGCCACUUCCUUUGCCUGCAGUCAACAGCGAUAUUCCCUGUGACAAUUAUGCGAACAGCGACGAACCAAGAAGCGCGAGAGGUCCGUUCCUCGCUCCAGACGCGCAAUACGAGGUGAUUCAACAAGGUCGUUACGGGUCCUAUUACGGUUCGAAGGAUGACGAGGAGCUGCAGGAGGGUCCUGCGAGUUCCAGUUACUUCCGGGAAGACGAGAACGACAGGGGACGUGAAAGGGAAUAUAGGGAUUACAGAAAUAAUCAGGAGGAGGAAACACCACAGUGUUGCUUGAGCGAUUCGACGACUUUAGACUCUGGUUGGCAAAGCGGAGAGCAACAGCAAUCGGACGAUAACGUUCGACCGGUGAACGUGUGAUCUUAGACUCGUAUGAUUCUCACCGAAAAGGAGACAAAAGUGACGAGCAACUCUAUUGGUCUCCUGCAGGGAAAUGUUAUACGAAAACAGUUAAAUCGAAAUAGCGAAAGAAAUGCGCGACAAUAGCUUCUGAUCUGUGAAUAAUUUAGAUCGAUAGUAAGUAGGUCUUGUUCUUAAGUAAAACAAAGCGAGUGACUGAAAUUGCUGGGAUCCAAUUCUUUGAACUUAAUUUACGGAAUAGAGAAGUUAGGGGAAUGUUCGAGUUUGACAGAUCCUAGUCGAAUGGUAGGUUCGCUUUUAAAAAGCGUAGCUAAACUUAAUUAAAGUUAAUACACCAAGUUUAAAUAACGUAGUGUAAAAUACUCUAGAAUAGUAUGCGUGUCAGUUCAUAUCGAUUUUCCUUCUCGAAACAAGCAGAAUCGCUAGAAAAGAAAUGAAAGACAACAUUUCGCGCGUUUUAAAUAAAUUAAGCAGUCAUGAAUGUGACGCACGGCGUAAAUAAUAAUUAUUUAAUAGUUAUUAAUUUUCUUUGCUAAACAAACUUCGAUAUUUUCAUUUCAUUUUAGGUAUUAAAAUAAAUAUUUUUAUCGUUAAGCCCGUGUCACACAGGUUGUCGUGAUAUUUUUUAUGUUAAUAUCACGAAAGUUUUGAACCAGCUUCGACCGCAAUAAGCUACUUAUUUGUUUGUUUCUCCUAAGCGGUCUAGUUUAUAUUAUAUUUUUAUUUCUAUGUGAAGUGAUUGACAAACUGUACAGAUGCCAUAGAAAGCACAACGCUAGAGUGAAUACGCAGACAAACUUUAGUGAUAAUUUGUAGUGAUAAAAAGUUAUGAAAUAACGUCAAACACAAGUGCUAAUCUCGAUUUUGACGAGAAUAAACUGCCAUUAAUUCCUCUCGCAAGAAGCUUGCCAGUUCAAUAAUCUAUACGUGUAAAUUUUCUCUUUUAAUUGAAGAAUAGACGUGAUACAAAUAAAAUACGAUCAAGUAAAUAAUUUAUGCUAUUUCUCUAUAGAAUCGAGUAAUGUGAACAAUUCAAAUUCGUGCGUAAAAAAAUGCUUAAAAAUUCGUCGUGUUUAGCAUUGGAUGUAAAUCAACGAUCGUAACGGAUCAAAGCGAUGUUAAAGCAACUUGAUCAAUCGUAUUAAAACUGUUAAAAAUGUUAAUCCUGUAGGACAAAAUAUUCGCAGCAAAUUGAUCUGAGUAUUUUUGCUAAUUGCAAUGUUGCUCGUAAAUAAAUAAAUAAUAGCAAGUGUUAAGUAUAACCGACAAAUUAUUUGCGACUGAGGAACGAACGAGAUGGAGAGUGGAAGAGAAGGGAAUAAAUAUUAGUUUCGUAGUUCGGAAUCGUUUGUUGAAAAUACAUAUCCGCUUCAAUGAACGGAUGUACUAUAUAACUACUUUAAGAGGACGUUUGCUUUAUUAGAUAUUCAUUUAUUAUUUCGUACUAUUUAUUGUAUUUGUCAUUUGAUAAGUAAUUACGUUAUAAGUACUUUUACCUGAUGUUUUGCUGAAAUUUUAUUGGAAUUAAAAUCGACAAUUGUUCUUUGUUGGAUACGCGAUAAAUAUCAUGUACAAAAGUGUGCUUUACUCUUGCCAAUUAGGUGUUAGCUGUAAUUCUCAAAUCGCUGACUAUCUCUGAGAUAUCACCGAUCAAGCGACAUUCAUUCUUAAACGUAAGAAUUAUAUUUAUAAUGAGAGUUUAAUCUUUUGCGAUUAAAUAAAUCGUUUUAUUGCCAUUCAUAAUUCUGAUUUAUUUCUUAAUAGCGUUAUAUCUGCGACUGAAACGUCAUUUGUUCCGUAUUUUCCUCUCGGUUGAGAAUUUUAUGUCAAUCUUUUAUUUGACGAUUGUGUGCUGUUAUAAUUAUAAUAUUUUAUUACUAAUUUCAUUUCUUCUUUAAAUAUUGCGUCGCGAACAUUUGCUUUUGGAAUCACAAUUCAGGUGGACCAAGGACAAUAUAGAGAGAGAUCAAUCAAACUAAUUAGACUGCUAGAACACUCGUCGGUUGUCUAUUUUCGUUAUCGGCCGCUCGAGAUACGCAAACGCGAAUAAAACGCAUAUUUUAUCAUUCGGAAGCGGCAAUAGUCAGACUGUAGCGCAGUAGCUUAAUGCCAUUUAAGUGAAUGAAGUGUACCUUAAGGGCGAGCCGCGAGUCGUAGUAAGUCCGAUGCGCCAUCGAGCAAUGUACUUGAUAAUGAUUAAGAAUAAAGAAUGAUUUUGCGAGGAA